UCGUGAUCUUCGUCGUGGACCGAACUACGAAAAAUCGAACCUGAUCGAUCUCCGUCGAUCACGCGCCAUAUUUUCCGCGACUUCGAUCUUCGAUUAUUUCGGCUCAGCUCGUGUUGUUUCGAGACCUGAGAUCGUGGAACGCGAGACUCGUGCCGAAUGAGAGUUCGAGGAAUCGAGAUUUGAACGAAAAUCGAUCGAAUAUACACGUUCCGAUAUUAUCGGAACCGUUGCGAUUACCGUGUGCUUUUUGCCUACUUUGCAGAUUUACAAUCUUCGCAUUGGAUUUCGUUGAUCGCUCGUGUCUGCGGUGCGACGUCUUUUCGCGAUGCUAGGUGAUCGAAGCGCGACACGUGGAGCUUCGAAAUAGCCAGAGAUGUCGCAGCCGCCGUCGAAACCCCAUGGAAAACCCGGACCAGGGGGUAGCUGGACGCCCAGACCGAACGUGUCUGGCCAGUACAGACCUCCUUCUCCUUACAGUCCCACGGGCUCGCCGCAUCCUCAGCGAGCUCGAGGACCACCUACUCCGGUUCAUCAUGCUCAUCCUGCGUCGCCCUUGACGUAUACUGGAAUGAGGCACCCGAUGAGCCCAGUGCCGAUUGGAAUGCCGAUUUCUCCUGGAAUGUCGCCUGUUUUUGGAUCGCCCACAGGAUACAUACAGUGCCCUAGACCCAGGUGGCCGUCACCGAUUCCAGUAGGAAGUCAAGCGCCUAGGCCUUUUAUACCGAUGCAGAGUUCGUUGGAAAGUGGCGCAACACCGCCCUUGGUCAGCGCACCACCGGAAUACAUGAUUGGAACAUACAGACCCGGUGAAUACGAAUAUGUUGGAGUGCCAUUGGAUCACUCGCAAACGGAAGAAGAGUCCAGCGGACCCAGUACCGCCGAGAUAAUAGCUAACCAAAGUCAAGAUUACGUGGAUGAGAAGCUUGCCGAGUAUCAGGCUACGAUACAACAGCUUCAAAGUGAGUAUUUCUUAGCAACAGUGUACAUAUUUGCACGUUUUUAUGCGGUUCUUAAAACGAUAAUCCCAAAUUUAUCUCUUUUCUUGCUUGAUAAGUUUAUGAUAACGAUUAAAAAUAAUAGAUUACAAGUAAUAAUUAGUAUUAAUCAUAUAACUGUGUGUAACCAGUGUAUUUUGAAGAAUUAUGGCGUGAGAAGUUCUUCAUUGGACGAGACAGUUUUUAUAGAAAUUUUAUAA